GUGCCCAACCCGCCCCCGACGCAUCUCGUCGCUCCCUCACGAUGAGGAGAAAAGGCGGGAAAGCGCCGGCGCCCGCUGAUUGGCCAGCGCCGCAAGGCGGGAAGGCGAGGAAGGCGCUGAUUGGUCGCUGCUUUCCCACCGAAGUUCCUCCUCACGUCGCCUGCCUUUGCCGGCGGCUGCCAGGCGAUGAUUGACGGGCGGCGCUGAGGCGAGCGGCUCGCCGAUUGGCCGCGGGGCGGCGGGCGGGGCGGGACGUGGCGAGGCUAUAAAUAGGCGGGGCGCGAAGCGCCGGGCUCAGAGCGGCGGGGACCGGCGGCGGCGGCGGCGGCUCCGCGCUCCGGCGCUUUGAAUUAACCACCGCGGGGCCGGAAAACGCUGGUUUAGAGGGUUUUAUUUGGGCGGGUUUUGGUCUGUUCGGGCGGGGAGGGCGCCGAUCCCCGCGGGUUUCGGCUCUUUUCUUCCCUCAGCCAUGUUCUACUACCCAGCGGUGCUGCAGCGGCACACGGGCUGCUUCGGCACCAUCUGGCUGGCGGCCACCUGCAGCUCCCGGGUCCUGCGGAGGGAGUACAUGGGGGUGGACGUGCCGCGCGUCUGCGUGGCGGUGAUGUCGUUCGUGAUUGGCCGCGGCGGCUGGGAGGAGCCGCCCCCCCCGCCCGGAGCCCCGCCCCCGCGCUGCUCCCUGUACCUGGCGGCGCUGCUGCAGCUGGGGCUGGCGCGCGUGCUGCGGCGGCAGUGCGGGCUGCUGCUGGAGGAGGUGGUCCAGGUCCUGGAGAGGCUGCACCGGGCGCUGCCGCCCCCCAACAUUGACCUGAGCCCCCCACGGCGGGCGCAGCAGGUGCCGGACGCGCAGGUGCUGAUGGUGGCGCUGGAGUUCGCCCCCGACCCCUUCUUCGGGGUGAUGGGCCCGGGGCUGCCCAGCCCCAUGGCCCUGCCCCAGGUGCGGCGCCUGCUGGAGGAGCUCCCGCCCCUCGAGGAGGAGCUCCUGCCGCCCCCGGGUGAGCGCUGCCCCACAAGUGUGGGGCUGGGGGGGGCAGGGCCCGGCCUGGGGGGCCCCUCUGACCCCUUCCCCCCCCCCCCCCAGGGCCCCCCCAUGUCGUGUCCCCUGAGGCCAUCACCCUGCCGGGGAGGGUUCUGGGGGGCUGUGCCCGGGCAGGGGGUACCCUGUGGGGGGGUGGGGCCGGGCAGUUGUGGGGCUGCCCCACAGCGCUGUGGGGCGCAGGAGGAGCUGCCAGAGGUGACGGCGCGGGAGCUGCAGCUCCUGGCAGAGGCGGAGGCCGAGCUCCUGCUCCCUGAGGAGGAGGAGGUCCCGGAGGUCCUGAAACCACCCCCCGCCCCUCGCCCCCCAACCCUCUCCCUGUGCCCCACAGUCCUGCGACCCCCCGAGGAGCCCAGCCUGCCCCCGCUGCCCCCCAAGGCCCCACCCCGGCGCCGGCGGCCCCGCCCGCCCCUGCGCGACCCCCAGCCCCAGAUCCCCCCGGGGGAUUUCCAGGCCCAGCUGCUGCAGCCCCGCGGGCACUGCCGGGAGCUGAUCCUGCUGGAGCCGCCCUCCAAGCGCCGCCGGCCCCCGACGGAGCUGCUGCGAACGCCAACCUGCGGUGGGUGUGGCGGGGGCGGGGCCUCGGGCGGCCACGCCCCACACGCUGGCCACGCCCCACACGCUGACCCUGCCCCCACAGGCUGGCUGCCCCCGGAGCUGUGGGGCUUGUGGGGCCGCUGUGCCCGCCCGGCCCCACCCCCCAGACCCUUGGCCCCCCCCGAGGUCCCCAGCGAGGUGGAGGUCCCGCGGGAGGUGCUGGAGCCCAGCCUGCCGGCCCUGCCCUCCUCGGGUGAGCGACCCACGGCGCUGGGGGGCGGCUGCAGGUUGCUACGGGUCGGUGUGGGGUGUCCAUGGGUUGCUAUGAGGCAGCUGUGGGUCAGGAUGGGGUGCUGUGGGGUGGGUGGAGUCACUAUGGGGCAGCUGCGUGUGUGGCUGUGGGUCGGCUGUGGGUCGCUCUGGGGCAGCUGUGGGCUGCUAUGGGGCAGUGGUCAGUGGAGGAGGAGCCCCGCCCCCGGGUGCCGCCCCCCGAGGAGCGACGGUGAGGGGGGGGGAGGGGACGCGGGGGGGGAGGGGCGGGGCAGGGCGGGGCAGCCUCUGACCUCUGCCCCCCCCAGCCCCCCGCCCCCGGUGCUGCCGGCGCUCCCGGAGCGCCCCGAGCUCGAGCUGCCCCCGGGCGCCGCCCCCGACAUGGCCGCCUUGCGCAGGCUGCUGCUGGCCGGGGCGUGGCAGCCGGGCGGGGCGGAGCUGGGGGCGCUGCUGCCCCCCAGGGCCCCCCGCGGCCUCGUGGCGCGGCUCUUCUCCCUCUGCCUCGAGCUGUGCGGCGCCGGGUGGCUGCGGCUGGAGCAGGCCCGGCCCUACGGCCCCAUCGCUGUGGGGGCCAGGCCCCCGCGGGCGCCCCCCGCCCUCCCCCACCGUGGGGCAGGGGGGGCACCCCUCCCCCUCCCCCCUCCCUCUCCCCCCGCCAUUAAACCGGCACCUCCCAACCAUGGCUUUUAUUGGCUCGUCGCGCUGACAUCACCCCGCUGA